AUGAGGAAAAUGCAAAUCUGCUUUAACUUUGGAGAUGGACUCCAUUUAGAGGCCUUACACUCAAGAAAUGAAAACAAGCUGCUUCCUAAACGUACUUACUCAGUGAGGCAAAAGCGCGCUUGGAUCACUGCGCCUGUGGCUCUUCGGGAAGGAGAGGAUCUGUCCAGGAAGAAUCCGAUUGCCAAGAUACAUUCUGAUCUUGCAGAAGAAGAAAACCUAAAAGUUACAUACAAAUACACUGGAAAAGGGAUCACAGAGCCACCUUUUGGUGUGUUUGUCUUUAAUAAAGACACCGGAGAACUGAACAUCACCACCAUUCUAGAUCGAGAAGAAACGCCAUUUUUUCUGCUAAUUGGUUAUGCUUUGGAUGAGAAAGGAAACAACUUAGAGAAACCAAUAGAACUACGAAUUAAAGUUCUUGACAUCAAUGACAACGAGCCAGUGUUCACACAGGAUGUCUUUGUUGGGUCUGUUGAAGAGCUGAGUGCAGCAAAUACACUUGUGAUGAAAAUCACCGCAACAGAUGCAGAUGAGCCCAACACUCUGAAUUCUAAAAUUUCCUAUAGAAUCGUAUCUCAGGAGCCUGCUAAUUCUCCAUUGUUUUACCUAAAUAAAGAUACAGGAGAGAUUUAUACAACCAGUAAUACCUUGGACAGAGAGGAACACAGCAUCUAUACUUUGACGGUAGAAGCAAGAGAUGGCAAUGGACAAGUAACAGAUAAGCCAGGAAAACAAGCUCAAGUUCAGAUUCGUAUUUUGGAUGUCAAUGACAAUAAACCUGUAGUUGAAAAUGAAGUGUAUGAAGGAGCAGUUGAAGAAAACAAAGCCAAUGUAGAAGUUUUACGCCUAAAAGUGUUCGAUGCAGAUGAAGUAGGCUCCGAUAAUUGGUUAGCCAAUUUUACUUUUGCAUCAGGAAAUGAAGGGGGUUAUUUCCACAUAGAAACUGAUACUCAAACUAAUGAAGGAAUCCUGACCCUUAUUAAGGAAGUAGAUUAUGAAGAAAUGAAGAAUCUUGACCUCAACAUUAUUGUCACUAACAAAGCAGCUUUUCACAAAUCAGUUAAGAAGAAAGAUAAGCCUACAUCCAUUCCGAUCAAAGUCAAAGUGAAAAAUGUGAAAGAAGGCAUUUAUUUUAAAAGCAGCAUAAUCCAAUUUCACACUAGCGAGAGCGUGGAAAAAUCAAGCCAAAGCCAAAUAAUGGGAAAAUUUCAAGCUUUUGAUGGCGACACUGGACAAGUAGCCCGUGUAAAAUAUUCCAAAUUUGAAGAUAUAGACAACUGGAUCUCUGUGAAUUCUGCCACCUCUGAAAUUAGACUUGUAAAAAUUCCUGAUUAUGAAUCCAGAUAUGUCCACAAUGGUACAUACACUGCAAAGAUUUUGGCUGUGACAGAAGACUAUCCUGGAAAAACCAUCACUGGCACUAUUAUUAUCACAGUUGAAGACAUCAAUGACAAUUGUCCCACACUGGUCAACCCUGUGCAGACUGUCUGUGAUAACGUGCAAUACGUGAACGUGACCGCAGAGGACCUGGACGGACCCCAAAACAGCUGGCCUUUCAGUUUCUCUGUCAUUGACAAACCAGCUGGAAUGGCAGAAAUGUGGAAAAUAGUAAGCCGAGAAAGUACCAGCGUGCUACUGCAACAAAAGGAACGAACGCUUGGGAGUAGUGACAUUCGCUUGCUGAUUGCAGAUAGUAAAGGCUUCAGUUGCCCUGAAAAGCAGGUCCUUAAACUCACAGUCUGCAAGUGUGUGGAAGGCGGUGGCUGUCUAGAAAUGUGGCAUGACCCCUACGUUGGCCUCGGACCUGCAGCAAUCGCGCUUAUAAUGUUUGCCCUUCUGCUCUUGCUACUUGUACCACUUCUACUACUGAAGUGCCAUUGUGGGAAGGGCGCCAAAGGCUUUACCCCCAUCCCUGGUACCAUAGAGAUGCUGCAUCCUUGGAACAACGAAGGUGCACCACCUGAAGACAAGGCAGUGCUGUCUCCUCUAGAGGCAGACCACAGAGACAGUGCAGCUGUAGGCGGCGGAGCAGGGGCUGUGACAGCCAAGGGUGCUACCGUGAAAGGAAGCAGCUCCACUUCCUUUCUCAAAGGGCAGCCUGAGAUGUCCGAGGUGGACGGCCGAUGGGAAGAACACAAGAGCCUCGUCUCAGGGGGGGCCACCCAGGUUACGGGGACGACAGGAGCCUUGAUGACCACGGAAACCCAUAGGACCACAAGAGCCACGGUGGCGUCUAGAGAAGUGGCCGGAGCUCGAGCAGCUGCGGUGGCAGUGAACGAGGAAUUCUUAAGAAGUUAUGUCACUGAAAAAGCUGCCUCUUAUACCGAGGAAGAUGACAUUCACACAGCCAAAGAUUGCCUUCUGGUUUACUCUCAGGAAGAAACUGACUCUCUCCAGGGUUCCAUUGGCUGUUGCAGUUUUAUUGAAGGAGAGCUAGAUGACCGCUUCUUAGAUGAUUUAGGAUUGAAAUUCAAGACACUCGCUGAAGUUUGCUUGGGUCAGAAAAUAGGGAUGGAUACAGAAAUUGAGCAGAGGCCAAAACCUAUGAGAGAAACAGACGUGAAGGCAGCUUCACAUUCAUUCUAUGAGCAAACCAGGGUUAAUUCCGAGAAUACUUAUCCCUCUGGUAUCAGCUUUCAAGUUCCAAAACCUUUGCAUGAAGCAAACACAGAGAAAGUCAUUCAGGAAAUAGUCACUGAAAAAUCUGUGUCUUCUAGGCAGGCUCAAAAGGUAGCUGCACCACUUUCAGAUCCAUUGGCUUCUGGUAACGUGAUAGUGACAGAAACUUCCUAUGCCACGGGCUCCACGGUGCCACUGAGCACUGUGGUCCUGGACCCCAGACAGUCUGAAGGCCUGAUGGUGACGGAGCGGGUCUAUGCCCCGGUGUCCCCCUUGGGAGAGCAGCAGUACGCUAGCAAGGGUAGCAUCAUGGUUACCGAGAGAGUCAUCCAGCCUCACGGGGGCUCACCUGGCCCCCUGGAGGGCACCCCGCAUCUGCCCAAUGCACACUAUGUUAUGGUACAGGAAAGAGAGCGCUUCCUCACCCCCAGCUCCCGUGUGCAGCCCCCUCUGGCCACGCACAGUGUAGCCGUAGGACAGAACAUGACAGUGACGGAAAGAGCGCUAACACCAGCUUCCACUCUGCGAUCUAAUGACCAGAUUCCUGCCGAAGCCUCUGUAAUGGCCAAAAAGACUGUGCUUUCUGGAGCUGGAGUCCCGGGCCCUCUGCCAGACUCGGGCUUCGAGAAGUCUAGUCAUUCUAAUUAUACAAUAACCGCAUCUUCCGCCAGGGUCUCCAAGCUUAGCACAGUCCAGCAAUCCUUCUCCUAACCAUACACUGCCCCAGAGUUUAGCUAGCAGUGACUCGUUUCAUGUUUUCAAAGGGCC